UUUUUCUCUUCUUCUUCUGUGGAUGGGGACAAGGUAGAUUUCAAUACAUUCCGAGGCAGGGCAGUGCUGAUUGAGAACGUGGCCUCGCUCUGAGGCACAACCACCCGGGACUUCACCCAACUCAACGAGCUGCAAUGCCGCUUUCCCAGGCGCCUGGUGGUUCUUGGCUUCCCUUGCAACCAAUUUGGACAUCAGGAGAACUGUCAGAAUGAGGAGAUCCUGAAUAGCCUCAAGCAUGUCCGCCCUGGGGGUGGAUUCCAGCCCACCUUUACCCUUAUCCAAAAGUGUGAUGUGAAUGGUCAGAAUGAGCAUCCUGUCUUCACCUACCUGAAGGAUAAGCUCCCCUACCCUUACGACGACCCGUUUUCCCUCAUGACCGAUCCCAAGUUCAUCAUUUGGAGCCCUGUGCACCGCUCAGACGUGUCUUGGAACUUUGAGAAGUUCCUCAUCGGGCCAGAGGGGGAGCCCUUCCGACGCUACAGCCGCACCUUCCCGACCAUCAACAUCGAGCCCGACAUCAAGCGCCUCCUCAAAGUUGCCAUAUAAACACCAGCAGAUCUCCUACUUCCUCCUGCCCCUGAGUGUCCUUCCUGAGCAUUCAGUGUGCCCUCAGGAGACUCUGCUGGGCCCAGGCUUUCCCUUCAGAUCAGUUCCCUUCAUUGAAGAGCCUUGCCUUUCUGGUCUGCCUGUUUCCUUUCCUUCCCCCCAAACUUCUGGUUGGUGAUUCAACCUGGGGCUCCAAGGGUGGGCUCUGAGCCUUCACAGAAUGAUGGCACCUUCCUAAAUCUGUAUGGGAGGUGUCUGAGAAGUGUGAGGGUCCGGAGCCAGCCUGCUGGCUGAGUCCAAUAAAGGGCAGGUGUGG